GGGGAUGUGACGUGCACGUUGGGGGCGGCCUCCGGGUGGCUGUCCGGACUUGGGUGGGCAUGUCGGCUGUGACGCGGCUGGCGCCUUUAGUUCGCGGUGGAGGCGGCCUCUUCAGAGGCCUCCGCGCCCGGUUGUCUGGAAACGGAGUCCGUCAUGCUGGCGGUGGCGUGCACAUCGAGCCCCGGUACAGACAAUUCCCCCAGCUCACCAGAUCCCAGGUGAUCCAGGCCGAGUUCUUCAGUGCAACCAUGUGGUUCUGGAUUCUCUGGCGCUUCUGGCACGACUCAGAUGCUGUGCUGGGUCACUUUCCGUAUCCAGACCCUUCCCGGUGGACGGAUGAGGAGUUAGGCAUCCCUCCUGAUGAUGAAGACUGAACACGGAGACUGGACUCUUUACAAGAGCCGGGUGAGAGAAGUUCACGAAGGUAUGGACUCCAGUUCCUAUGGGAUAUUGAAGUUGUAAAAUAAAGUGUUUUGGUCGAGAAUGA